UCGGGGGCAGAUCGCAGGGUUGCUGCUUGUAAGGGUUUCAGAUCGUCUUAAAUAGAUAUUCGGCUAGAGAAUGGAGAAACCCUGGUGGGAGAGCAAUGGAAAAACAAAGACUGAUUCAGUUUAGUGAUUUUGUGUUAGUGAAUUGGGCUUGGGCCGGCAAAGAGACGGCCGAAGACAAGAAAUGCCGUGAUGGCAAGAGAGGAAUCGCGUGGAAAGAGGCCGUUCAAGCUAUGGGACGGACGACGUAACGUGCGUAAGGGGUUGGUGGUCGGGAGCCUCGAGGAAUUAAUUCUUCGCGGAAGGGAUAAAUUAGGUUUGUCGAUAGGUGAACCCGUCAGAUUGGUACUAGAAAGUGACGGGACUCAAGUCGAAGACGCCGAAUAUUUCAGAACAUUACCUGCCAAUACCAUCCUUCUGUUAUUACGACCCGGAGAAAGAUGGCUGCCUGCGGGAGUAGACGUCAUCAGGGCAGUAGCAAUAUCCGCCAUCCCAAAGAUAGUGUGCGAAACCAUCCACGCGUUAGACCUGCACGAUGAGACCCCCUCCUGGAAGAUUAUGGAUAAUAAGGGGCGGGUUACCGUCGUUCUGCAUUGGGACCAGCGUUCGGGUCCUUCCCGAGCUUCGUCGGAAGCUCCGUCUCCGGCUCCCGGUAAGUUUUCACCUAGCAAACGACCCUCGUUGUCCAUUCAAACGGUACCGGGAGUUAAAAAAGAGACCUCCAUCAACGACGUGUACGUAUCCGCUCCCGCCCAACCCCAACCGCGAUACGCCAGCCCUCAGAUCACUGUGAUAAACCACGAUGACGUCAAACCGGUUCACAGGUUAUCGAAACAAGGUAGUUCCUUGGAGAGCGGUACCAUUCAUAUACAUACGCCGGAAUGCGCCCAUCACGCUCACAUGCCGCGAGCCGGAAGUCCUCAAAGUAAUGGUACUAUCGAGUGCGAUUUCCAUUGCUGCGCGUUACACGAAGAAGGUCGUAAAAUCGCGGUGCACAAGUCCGUGGCGACGUCUCCCAUUCAAGAUACGCAACAGACCUCCCCACAACCCCCGUCGAGACACGUGCGUUUUUUAGACGUUGAAGGUGGCGGUCGGAGCGGGCAGUCCGAACACGAGAGUUCCGAAAGCGAAACCGAGAACACCGUGAUGGAGGACGAGGCCGUCACCUCUGAAAAAUUCCUGCUGUUGAUAGACCAAUUGAGCGUCGAUCAGAAACGACAUUUGACUAUCAAAGAUAUCGGAAUCAUCUUGGAAAGACUCAGUUCGAAGAUAUUGGACGUGGAAAGAUUAGAUAGAGAGAGCGAAAGCGAAGACUGUUACAAUUGGACGAUAAAAGCGACCAUAAGAGGCGAAGUACUUAGAGAAUUGGGAGUCAUUUAUAACGGUAACUAUUACGCCAUUUCGGAACAUCCAGGGUACAAGGAAGAGAACGAAGGCGUUAUAGAAGAAGCUGAAGAGGAGGAAGAGGAGGAGGAUCGGCUGUGAAUCGUUUAGCUAAUGACUGCCAUUAUUUGUCAAAAAGCACAAAAAUGCAGACUCUAUAUAUAUAUAUAUAUAUAUAUAUAUAUAUAUAUAUAUAUAUAUAUAUAUAUAUAUAUAUAUAUAUAUAUAUAGUAAUAAAUUUGCAGAUAUG